AGAGAAGGGAGUGGGGGAGAGAGAGGUGUGUCAGACAAACAGAGUCCCAUGCCCUUUCCCCAUUCCCUUCUCCUUCUCCUUCUCGUCCUUCCUUCGCCUCGUUCAGCUCACCCCGGAGAGAGAGAGAUAGAGAGAUUGUAUUCCUUGCUUCCCUUCCAUCUUUGCAUCAUCGUCAUCUUCUCUUCCCUCGCUGCUCUGCUCUGCUCGACUCCCUCUCCCCCAUCCCUACCCGUGCUGCUCCUGCUGCUGCCCCUCCCUUCACAUCCCUUCUCCUCUGUUGUGUGAUGUGGGUACCCACUGCUUCUUCGCAUGUGUGAUUUUGUGCCUCUUUCUGGCCCGGCCCACUCAUGCAUGCAUGCAUGGUUCUCUUCUUCUUCUUCUUCUUCUUCUUCUUCUGUUGUUGGGUGGGUGGCACCUAGGUCGCCUGCGCUGCAUCGUCCCUUGAUCGUCGUGUUUUCCUUGGUUGCGUUGGAUGUGCAGCGGGGCUGAGUCUGUUGGGGCUCGUAGGUUUUGGCUUCUUGAGGGUCUCUUGGAUUCUUGAGUUCGGAAGGGCAGUACGCUUCGGGUGGUUCCGAUUGUGAGCUGGUGGUUUGCUCCGUUUUCCGUGUGUGUGUGUGUGUUUGUUUGUUUGUUUGUGGUCCCCCCCCCCCCCCCCGACUGUGGGGAGCUUCGGUUUGUAGCUUUUGAUGGUUUUUAGUCUGCUCGGGUACUGUUCAUAACGUGGCCUUGUGAGUUGCUGCAUGUGAUUACAGCCUACUGAUCUUUGGUGGGUUGCAUUUCUGCCUUCCGCGCGAAUGUUUUGCUUUCUCUAACGUUGUGAUUUUGCCUUUCUUUAGUGGUGUGAUUUUGCUUCGACUCCACGGCGGCGUGUUUUGCGAGACAUUCUUUAUGCCCUGGAGAUUUUGUUUGUAAGGAAUAUUUUUUUACUUUCCAUUUUCGUUUUUUAUUUUUUUAUUUUAUUUUUCCUUUUUUUUCUUUUCCCGAGACUAGCUCUAUAUGAUCUGCUCGGAGACAUGGGUCUCAAUGUUUUCAAAUAUUCACACGAAGUUCCCGCUAAUUCGUUUAUUCACGAAUUAUCUAGUCUGUCUUAGAAUAACUAGUUCUUGGCCCAAUUAGGUCAAUGUUUUUUGAAUUGGGAACCUCGCGUGUUGCUUCAUCGUGUAACGCGAAGUCCCCGGACUUCGGGUUUCCGAUUGCUGUUGCACGAUCAUGGCCGUUGCCUUGUUCGCCAACACGUUGUUCUAAAGUUAUUCAUCUAAGCAUCUGACUCUUAUCAAGUGGCCCACCUAGAUAUAGAUGUCGUCGACCCCCAAGCUAGUCUUGUGGGAUUAGGUUUUGUCAAGUCUGACAUGGUUGUUUGAGAGAUGCGAGACCACCAACUUUUGGACAUCUGAAGCACAUACUUCUGCUGCCCCUUGUACAGCUGUCUGUAAUGUGGUGACCGCUUAUUGAGCUGGAGUUGUGUCUUUCUAUCAUGUUACGUGCCAUGUGUACAUGGAUUGUGUCGGAGCGUGCGAACGUCUUCUCUUCCUCAUGUUCGGGAGCUGAGAUUUAGAUUAGAUUGCUUACAGUGAAAGGGAGCGCAGAGUUUUCAUCGUAUCUGCUUCAGUUUCUGGCUCAUGAGGUCACCUCCAGUUUUGUAUAUAUAUACAUAUACACGCACAUACAUAUUUUUUGAAGCAAUCAAAGACAUCUUGCUGCGUCCUCAUUGUACCUGAGGAGUACUGCUUCUUUAGGUUACACAUUUUGUUGGUUGGAGGGGCCUUCUUCGACAUUAUGCCUAGUCUCGAGUCAUGAGCAUCUGUCUCGGGUGGUGUAGCAGAGGCAAGACAUGGAAGCAGUGCAGUGGCCAUCUCUGUUCGUGCAUUCAGAAUCUGAUCGUCAGUCAAUGCAAUCUUCCCCAGAGGCGGCUCCUGCUGGGACGCAUAUCAGCGACUUGCCAAGUGUUAUACUCACUAACAUCAUCGCUUAUGUAUCAAAUCCAAGGGUUCGGAACUGCAUUUCACUUGCUUGCAGGGACUGGUAUUUCAUUGAGAGACAGACACGGACGGAGCUUUCCUUGCGUGGCAACAUUUGUGUCAUGCAUGAACUGCCAACUUGCUUCCAACAGAUUUGUACCUUAGAUCUUUCACAGUGCUCUCCGUGGGGUUCUUCUCUUUUUCAGUCCACUCAGAACGGCGAGGAGAUCGGAAAUUGCUUGAGAAUUGGGUUUCCUAAUGUGGUAAACCUUACGGUAUAUGUCCGCGAUGCCUUGGACAUCCAGAUGGUUGCCUGGAUUUGGCCAGAUCUCGAGAUUGUUAAGUUGGUGCGGUGGCAUCCGCGAGCCAUGGAGAGUUCGGAGGCGGAUGACUUAGGUAACGAAAUCGAAGGGCUGUUGAGCGCUUGCAAGAGGUUGAAGUCCCUCGAUCUCUCGAAGUUCUACUGUUGGACAGAAGACAUACCCCCAGCGUUACGGGCAGGAGCUUCCACUGCUGCGAAUUUACGAGUACUGAACCUGCUGAAACUUUCUCCUAAUGGAUUUAAAGCGCAGGAGGUUGGAGCAAUCACCAGCUCCUGCUUUAAUCUUGAGGAAUUUUACAUCCUAUGUGAUUUCGACCACCGCUUACUAGACUCUGUUGGUGAUGAGGCCCUGCUUUCCAUUGCCACGAAUUGCCCACUCUUGAAAGUGCUUCACCUUGUCGAUUAUAAUGAAUGGAGUGCAGUUUCAGAUGAUCCCAACCAAGAUGCGUUUGCAGCGGAAGAUUCAAGUCUCUCUCGUCAGGGUCUAGAGGCAAUGUUCAAGGCACUUCCGCACUUAGAAGACUUGGUUUUUUACCUAUCACAGAACUUGCGAGACUCGGGCGCUCCCUUUGAGAUCCUUGCUUCGAGUUGCAAGAAGCUUCGUUCUUUGAAACUCAGCAAUUUUCUUGGUGUUUGUGGUGGACCCCAUCCAGAUGGGAUUGCGCUGUGUCAUGCGCUUCAGGAGCUGAGGUUGAAGAACUGCGGAGAUCUGACGGAUGACGCAUUGAAGGCCAUUUCAGUUGGAUGCCCUAAGCUUUCAAAGCUGGGAUUGCGACAGUGCAAGUCAAUCACCAAGGAGGGGCUUCAUGCGUGUGUGAAGAAUUUGUCGCACACUCUCAAGGAUGUUGAGAUUGCUGGUUGUAAGUUGCUUCCGACAGCAAUGACAUUGAAAGCACUCGAGCCAAUCCAGGUAACAGUGAAGAAUCUGCAUCUAGACUGUGUCUGGGAUGAAGGCAUUUUGGCUCAAGAGGCAUCUGCAGCAAGGACCCAAAGCACAGUGGACUCUUUGAAUCAUGAGCAAUCAGGUUUUGGACUUCCGAUCGAUAUCGGCUGUAUGGGAGGGAUGAGCGCUUGGUCGCAACGCUUCUCUUCAACCCUCGAAGCUUACGCUAUGAACGAAAUGAUUGGAGCCAAGACUGAUAGUUUCCUGACCCCGCACAGACUAGUUACAAAGCGUCGCAAGCUAAACAAAGCAGAGAAUGGAGGAGACUCAGGAAUGGAUAUCCGCCGCGCGACUGCCUAUUCAUCAAUGAGCUUGCAGAUUUUUGGAGGUGAGGCAUCAUCAUCCGCGUCUUUUUUAUUAAAAGAAAGACCUGGCACAGGCCUUGGAAGUGGUAAUUUAAACUCUGCCCAGGGUUUUCCAGCUAGAUCGAUGGGUCCAGGCGGAACUCAACAGUUGUCUGUGCCUGGUGCAAAGAAGAUACAGACUUCAUCAGGAAAAGUGUGGAAAUCUCUUGAAAGUCUCUCACUUUGGAUUCCUGUGGGAGAGGUAAUCUCUCCCUUGGCUGCUAUGGGUCUUGAGGAAUGCCCAGCCCUCCAUGAACUGAAACUCAAAGUUGAAGGUGAUGGUCGGCUUUUGCGGAAACCUAGCACACAAGGCUGGGGGAUCAAUUCUUUCGGCCGAUACCCAAAACUGGAGAAAGUUGAGUUAGAUCUUAGUGAAGUUACCGGGUUCUCUUUGAGUGCUCCCAAGGGCUUCACGGACCUCAGCUCGUGGGAAAGACACUAUCUAGUCGGCAUAAACGAGUUGCUCCUCACAGAACUCGACUACUGGCCUCCAUCAGACAAGGAAGUCAACAGGAGAGCAAUAUCCCUACCUGGAGCAGGGCUCUUGUCACUUUGCUCAAAGCUUCGGAAGCUGUUUGUGCAUGGAACCGCUCAUGAACACUUCCUUAACAUGAUUACUGGAUGUCGAUGUCUCCGGGAUGUGCAGCUGCGAGGAGACUACUACCCAGCACCAGAGCAAGAAACUACCACGGAGCUUCGGUCCGUUUCUUGUCAGAGAUUCGAGGCGCUAGUUGCAAAACGAGGUUUUCCUGAUUAAUGUCUUCACUGAAAACACGAAGAAUACGUGGGUAGCUACGGAAGUAGCUUCAACCGCCCACGUAAACCACGGCUACUUGUCGAUGAGACAAGUGUAUUUCACUGUGGCGUCUCUUCUCACAGGUCCGGUCAAUAAUCAUCUUCUAUGAGCUGGUGCGUGUGCGUAUGGUGGUGGAUUUGGCACUGUCGAUACCUCUCCUCAGUGAUUGAUACAAGAUUACUCUUGUAGAUUGUUACACGAGGCUUAGUUCUUUUUUGGCUGAUGAUGGUAAUGUGGAAAAUUGAGGUGCAUUUUGGCCCUGGAUCUCGUAGUACUGGUAAAGUCUUGAGGACGAAGAGCUUUGAGUUUUACGUGUGCUUUUUUCCUGGGGUCCUCCUGGCAUCAUUGACUAACAAAUGGAUGUUGCUGAACGAAGUACUCUUGUACAUGUUCUUCACUUCAUGAAAGUACGUUUCAUUAUUUUAACGAAGUACUUGUCUGAACUAA